GACAUGUCUGGCAUCUACCUUAAGUUUUGAAGAGAAGAAAGAAAAACACACUUUUCUUUAAAGUGUGUGUGUAUAUAUAUGAGUAUAUACACACCCAUUGGGCUAGACAGAAAGUGAGUAGGCCAAGUGAAACAAAAGGAUGAGAAGUGUAGCAGCAGCAGCACUUUUGGUUCUUGUUGUUGUACAUGGACCCAUCUUUGUUUUUGUUGAUGCUAGACAAGGCCUUGUUUUCCCACCAAUAUCUGCUCCACAACCCUUCAUUUCUUCAGUUUCACCAUCACUCAAUGCUUUUUCUCCAGUGGCUGAAAUGGCAAGGGCAGAACAUCAUAGGGGAUCUCAUAACAAGACAAUUAUAUCAGUUAUUGUUGCUUCCACAGCACUAGGGUUGAUUAUCUUAUCUGUGAUAUGUUUGAGGAUUUACCGCAAAAGAAACACACCCAAAUCCCAAAAGGAUAAUUCUCAUAGCUCAGCUUAUGCAAAAGAUUUUGUAUUAGCCCCAUUUAUGGGGAAACAAAGUUCCUCGAAGAUGAGCAGUACUAGAGUCGUGACUUUCAUGGAUUAUAAGUUGCUAGAGACAGCAACAAACAAUUUCCGGGAAAGUGAUAUUCUCGGUGUAGGGGGCUUUGGAUGUGUAUACAAGGGUUUGUUGGAUAAUAAUGUAUAUGCUGCGGUCAAGAGAUUAAACGGUGAAAGUCCAGAUUCCAUUAGAGAAUUCCAGACUGAAGUUGAUCUGUUGAGUAAAAUUCGACAUCCGAAUAUAAUUUCAUUACUGGGUUAUAGCAUUCAUGGUGAUACCAGGCUUAUCGUUUAUGAACUGAUGGAAAAUGGCUCCCUUGAAACUCAAUUGCAUGGACCUUCUCAUGGAUCAGCUUUAACAUGGUAUUGUCGUAUAAAAAUUGCUCUUGAUACCGCGAGAGGAUUAGAGUAUUUGCAUGAGCACUGUAAGCCACAAGUGAUCCAUAGAGAUCUGAAAUCAUCUAAUAUUCUUCUAGAUUCUAAUUACAAUUCCAAGCUUUCGGAUUUUGGUCUUGCGGUAACUCAAGGGACAAACAAAGGCAACAUCAAGCUUUCAGGGACUUUGGGUUAUGUAGCACCUGAGUACCUGUUAGAUGGAAAGUUGACGGAUAAAAGUGAUGUGUAUGCAUUCGGAGUUGUUCUUUUGGAGCUCUUAUUAGGAAGGAGACCAGUAGAAAAAUUGGCACCAUCUCAAUGUCAAUCUAUUGUCACAUGGGCCAUGCCUCAGCUCACUGACAGAUCAAAGCUACCACAUAUUGUGGAUCCUCUGAUUAGAGAUACAAUGGAUCUUAAACACUUGUACCAGGUAGCUGCUGUUGCUGUUCUGUGUAUUCAACCAGAACCGAGCUACCGUCCGCUAAUAACUGACGUCUUACACUCUCUAGUGCCACUAGUUCCCGUAGAGCUUGGGGGGACACUAAGAAUAACACAAGAUAAGCCUGCAGUGUCUGUUCAACCCACGGAAUCAUAACCAUGACUUAAUUGAUUUGCUGCUGGACUCUUUUUGUAUCCAUGUAGCUUAAUUUAGAGUUCAUUUUGCGGCUACUCAUUGAUUCUUGGUAAUUAUAUGCCGGAAAAAAUGAUGAUCAUCGAUCACAUUUUCGAAUUGAAGCAAAUGAGAUCGGUAAUCCUCUUGGUACUAUUCUGGAAUGUGAUUGCUCAAAUGUUGCAGCAGAAAGCCAUAGAGGGGCAGAUAAUUCACUGCUGUCAUAUAUGUAAUCUGUAAACUGUAUAGGAAGUCCAUUUGGCUCAUCUCUUCAUAAUAAUUUUUCAUUUGUUGUAACUGCCUAUCUACCCUAUAUUCUGUAAUAAUUCCAUUUACCUGUCUUUCAUUAAAUUAAAUUAUAAUAAAAGCAAAUUAAAGCUUGGG